ACCUGUUGUCUCCCGUUUCUCAGCCUCCGUCUUCUCCUCUCCCAUCCAUGCCAUCCACAAGCCCUAACUCGCCUGCGCCGCCCGAACAGGGAGAUACGAGUUUGAAGCCGUAGCAGCGUUCUUUCGACUUUGCAGUUUGGUGGGCGGAGCUUCUCGUAGCGCGGGCUGUCCUCGUCAACGGCAGCAAUGCUGUUUCAGUUAUGAUCAUGGACUAGUAUGGAAGGAGGAUUCGAUUUUAAUUGGAGCAGAUUGAAUUUUGGUAAAAUCAGGGAGGAAAGCACUAACCUUCAUGGAAGAAGAUAGUAAUAUUAGGUUCACAGGAAUUUCCUCAGGUUUGGCUGUUCUACUAUCUGAUAAUAAACCCAAGGGUAGUCCCCAAAAGUCCCGGUUGAUUUCUUAUUGUGAUGGCAUUGGUGAUCAUUCGGUCGAGCAGACGCUUGAGCAUAUAUUUGAUCUUCCUCACAAGUCAGUCCGUUCUACUAGUCUAAUAGACAUCAAUUUCAUCAGAUCAAUCUCGAGGAGCCAAAUUCCAAGAUUUCAGCUGGAAAAUGCUGUUGAUCGACAUAGAGAUGGUCUAUCCAUUAUUAACUGCGGUUCAUCUACAAGCACUGUUGUCAUAGAUAGUUCUAGUGUAUGCGGAGAUAUGAAGACCAUAAGGAAUCCAUUAAUUGUAGAGAGCCAGACAGUGUUCAGUAGUGCCCGAGCUAAUGCCUGUGUAUGGAAGGGAAAAUGGAUGUAUGAAGUGACAUUAGAAACUUCUGGAAUCCAGCAGCUUGGAUGGGCUAUUAUUUCAUGCUCCUUCACUGAUCAGAAAGGUGUCGGCGAUUCAGAUGAUUCCUAUGCAUAUGAUGGUAGGAGAGUUAACAAAUGGAACAAAGAUCCAGUGUCAUAUGGUCAAUCAUGGGUAGUGGGUGAUGUCAUUGGCUGUUGUAUAGACUUGGACAAUGAUGAGAUUUCCUUUUUCAGAAAUGGUGUUUCUCUUGGAGUUGCAUUUGAUAGGAUACAGAAAAUGAAUCCCGAGAAUGGCUAUUAUCCUGCAAUAUCCCUUUCUGAUGGUGAAUGUUGUGAUCUGAAUUUCGGUGCUCGUCCGUUCAAAUACCCUAUCUCCGGGUUUCUUCCUUUCCAGGCUCCUCCAAACUCCAGAGAUUAUGCUAAUUAUUUGCUCAGUUGCUUGACUAGAUUAUUGGAAGUACAAUGUUUAGAUAAACCUGGUUCAGCAUAUUUUGAGAAGUUGAGGAGGUUAAAGAGGUUUGCACCACUUAAAGAACUGUUUUAUCCCAUAUCUCAUGGUAUAAUGGAGGAGUUAUUUGAUGUAGUUAAUUCAAGCGAAGGGAGCUUUGAAUAUUUUGCAUGGGGUGCAAUUCCGUCAUUUUUUUUAGGUAUAUUUGGUGUUCAGGAAGCUCAUGAUUGCGCAAGUUUGGAUCAGGUUCUCGAAUUAUUUCUAGAGUUUCCUGGGUCUGAUUCACUGCUGCAGCAUCUAAUUAGGGCACUUUCAUAUGGUUGCAAAGUGGCCCCACUUGUACUGACAGAGUGCCCUUAUUCUGGAUCAUACCCAUAUCUAGCACUGGUCUGUUAUAUUCUCAGACACAGAGCUAUGAUGGUUCUUUGGUGGAAGUCACCAGAUUUUGAAUUCUCAUUUGAAGGGUUUCUUUCACCAAAGAGACCAAACAAGCAGGAUCUUCAUUGCCUCAUUCCAUCUGUUUGGUGGCCUGGUUCAUGUGAGGAUGUGGGUUGUGAAAGUAGCAUGAUGCUUACUAUGACGGCAUUGUCCACUGCUAUUGAUAAGAUUGAGGAGAAGCACAGGGAACUUUGUAGUUUGGUCAUUCAGUUUGUGCCUCCAGCAAUCCCCAAGGAGUUACCUGGAUCUGUGUUCAGAGCAUUCUUACAGGGAUUCAUUCUGAAGGUCAGAGGUAUCCAGAACAAGAUGACAACUUCUGUUGUUUCAAAUAACUCAGUAGUUGUUUCUCUGUACACAGUAAUCUUACAUUUCCUAUCUGAAGGUUUUAAAGUGGAGGGUUUAUCUGGUUCAUUGAAAGGCAUUGGAUUGAAUCUAGAGUCUGAUGUUGGAUUUCUUCACAGAGCUGGGAAGAGAAGGUUUCCACUUGAGUUGUUUUUUGUUGGUGAUGAAAACUGUGCUGGAGUUCGUAGAAUAGGCGGUGGCUUUUCCAAUCACCUAUUUAACUCUCAAUUUAGCGAGGAAAAAGCUAAAGUAGUACAAUGGGAUGAAGGGGGCAUGGAUGAUGAUGCCACAAGGAUAACACAUUCUACAAUGAAGAAGCCAUGCUGCUGUUCAAAUUCUGCUAAUGAUGUUGAAACAUCAAAACAUGGCAUUAUGCUCACAUCUGGAGGUUUCAAAGGUCUUUGUUCUCCUGUACCGGUGAGAUCAACACAAGUAGUAGCCAUGAACUCCAGCAACCCUGAUGCUGGAAUUGUGGAUAAGCCUAGUACAAGCAAUCAAUCAGAAGCCUAUUCUGGAUGUGGAUCUUUGCAGUAUUCAGAAAGUAGAACAUCAUUCAUUGAACAUUCCUUAGAUGUAUUGAGAGAGGAAGAGCUGCUCCAUACGAAGCUAUUGCUGUACCAUUUAGGUGUUGCCUCAAAUUUUAGGCAGGCAUUUUAUUACAUGUCUCAUCAAUCACAAUCCAUCUCUCUCUUAGAUGAUACAGAUAAACAAAUAAGAGAAAAAUCCUGCAUUGAGCAGGUGAAGCGUUUGAAAGAAGCUCGUAAUGCUUAUCGUGAAGAAUUGGUUGAUUGUGUCAGGCAAUGUGCAUGGUAUCGUAUCUCUCUAUUCUCUCGCUGGAAGCAAAGAGGAAUGUAUGCAACAUGCAUGUGGGUUGUGGAACUGCUUUUGGUUCUAAGCAAUAGUGAUACUUGUUUUUGCUACGUUCCUGAGUUUUAUCUUGAGUCACUGGUUGAUACUUUUCAUGCAUUACGGAAAAGUGAUCCUCCAUUUGUUGCUUCUGCUAUUUUUCUCAAGCAAGGCCUUGCUUCAUUUAUGGAAUUGACUGCUGAAGUAGCUGUUACUGCUGACACUAAUGUUCAGGUUUUAAAUAGGAAACUGGAGCUAGAUCGAGUUUAUUCUAAAUUAGGUGAAAAGAUUACCAGAAUCUUUAGAGACUACAUGACAAAGGUUACCGAGUUUGAGGAGCUAGCUGAUGUGGGGAAGAGGUUUCUUACUAGAUUUCACAGGGUAACAGCAAUGUUUAGGACGGUUGAACUUCAGAAGACUUCAAACAACAUCAGUAGGAUAAUUAAUGCUAACUGGAAUGAACAUAUGAAAACUUAUGUUGAAGCAGGGUGCAAACAACAGUCGCAAAGUGUUCAAAAUAUGUAUAAUUCUCACUCUUGUGUUUUGGGAUUGCGAGACAAUUUGAAGAAUGCUGAAGCUUUGCUCAAUGAACUUGAUUGCCUAAAGGAUGAUGCAAUUGCUGUCACAGAAGCAGCAACCAAGAGCGCUACGGCUUUGGAUGACUCUUUUUGUGAAGAAAUGUUAAAAGACAUUUCCUUUGAGGUAAACAUAAAUAGGAGACAUCUUAAGUUUCUUUUCGCGUUUUACAUUUAUUAACAUAGUAGUUUGCUU